AUGAACUCCAAGCAGACGCUUACCAUUCUCAUUACCGCCCUCCUGGGCGUGGAGGUCAGUGCCUUCUGGCGCAUGGAGUGCCGUGGCCGUUCUGGUCUAGCCAGAAUUGACCCACUCGUGGAUAAGUCUCUCCCAGCGCAGCAUCUUCACGCCAUUCACGGUUCCAGCGGUUUCAAUGAGGCCGUCACCUAUGAAGAAUUAGUCGGCGCCGACUGCACCUCUUGUGGCGUUACGCAGGACAAGUCUGCCUACUGGGUCCCGCCCCUAUUCUUCCACGACAAUGCCACUGGCGAAUACAGCAUUGUGAACCAAGUCGGUGGUAUCUUGGCAUACUACUUUCUCAACAAGGACCCCGCUGGCGAUAGCAUCACAGGCUUCCCUAAGGACUUUCGCAUGAUCGCUGGAACCAGCUCUCGUCGAAACUAUACCGCUGGUGAUGGCAACUAUGCAACUCCUGACCCGGAGAAAUCACUUUGGGCAUCUCUGGGCCAGACUGACCAAGGAACCUUGUCGCAGCGGGCUCUCGGCUUCAACUGCUUGGAUUACUCGAAAACCCCUGAGGGUUCAUUGUACCGCCACUUCUUGCCUGACAAGGGUUACCUAGACGCGAACUGCCCGGAUGGUAUUCGAACCGAGCUCAUGUUCCCAUCCUGCUGGAAUGGCAAGGACACUGACUCUUCGGAUCACAAGUCACAUGUGGCCUACCCGGACUUGGUUAUUCAGGGCAACUGCCCUAGCGGCUUCCCGACUCGCCUACCUGGCUUGUUCUACGAAGUGAUCUGGGAUACCUAUGCCUUCAAGGACCAGGCGGGCUAUUUCACUUUCGCCAAUGGUGACCCGCUUGGCUUCGGGUACCACGGUGAUUUCAUCAUGGGUUGGGAUGAGGCUUUUCUUCAAGAGGCUGUCGAUACUUGCACCAACGAGUCCGGUAGAAUCGAAGAUUGCCCCAUUUUCACUAUCCAGGAUGAGAACACUCAGCGCCAGUGCUCCAUCGCGGUGCCAGGUAACUUGAAGUUGGAAGUGUCUUUCACUUCCCUCACCAGCCUGCCUGGUAACGUUCCCGACAACUGGGGCCCGGCUCCUGCAACGGUUAUGAACCCGACCACACCAGCGACAGUUGUUGUGCCGACGCUCACAUACGCUGCUGGCGAGACUGCUGCCGUCAACGGUAGCUACAUCCCGGGACAGAUCUUCUUUGCAUCAACCCAGACCUCGGGACCCGCGGCCGUGGGAGUGUCUUCACCGACAGAUGAUGUGGUACAUGUGGAGGCUGUGCCAGCUGCCGAUGCAACACCUACUCCGGCUCCCACUACCCCGGCGCCUUCGCCUCCUGAGACCACACCGGCGCCUGCUCCUGCUGACACGGACACCCGGAUCCCCAUCAGCACGGGCUAUGUGACUGAUGGCAACAUGGUAACUGAGAUUCUCUACUACCAGGAUGAGGUCUAUGUCACCGAGUACGAGGAUAUCACCACGACCGUGACCGUGUCCGCUGCUGUUAAGAAACGGCGCGAUAGCCGUGGUCAUCUUCAUCGUCACAGGCAUCUUCACGGACGGCCCUGGUGA